ACAACGACACGAGUGAAACAGCAAACAGAAACAAUGGCCGAGUGUCACCGCAAGCCGCACGCUAUCAUGAUCUCAAUCCCAUACCAGGGCCAUAUUAACCCCUUCGUCAAUCUAGCUCUCAAGAUUGCUUCAAAGGGCUUUUCCAUCACUUUCGUUCAUUUCGAAUCUGUUCACCACAGGGUGUCUAAAGCCCACCAUCUCCAUUGCAAUAAAACCCAAGUCGAUAUCUUUUCUGAAGCACGGGAAUCAGGUCUUGACAUACGCUACACGACUAUUAGCGAUGGCUUGCCGGUGGAAUUCGAUAGAUAUUCCAACUUUGAAGAGUACUGGGGAAGGAUAUUGCGUGAUUUUCCAGCUCGUGUAGAUGAAUUUGUCGGAAAGAUUAUCCAGUCUGAUCCAUAUGUGGACUAUUUCUUCGUAGCCGACACUUUUUUCCCUUACCCUGCAACCAUUGCUGAGAAGUACAACCUUGUCAAUGUCUCACUCUGGACUCAACCAGCCUUGGUUUUUACUCUAGCUUACCACUUGGACCUUCUGAGAGAGAAUGGGCAUUUCCCAUGUAAAGAUAACAUCCACGAGGAAGUAAAUUAUAUUCCUGGAGUCAAGCCGAUAAGUACAAGAGACUUGGUUUCAGUUAUGAAGGAAUCGGAACAAGGAUAUCACACAAUGCUCACAUCUUUAUUCAUGGCAUCUGACCAAGCGAAGAAGGCAGACUUUAUACUGCAUAACACUGUGCAUGAAUUAGAAGCCGAUACGCUGUCAGCUCUAAACAAAUACCAGCCUAACUAUGCAAUUGGCCCUAUUAAUUUUUUUAAAAAUUUGCCCACAUAUACUGUCAGCAAGAGUUUAUGGUCUGAAUCAGACUGCAGCGAGUGGCUCGAGUCCAAGCCCCCCGACUCAGUUUUGUACGUCUCGUUCGGGAGCUUUGUGCACACUAGCAGGCAGGUAAUUGAAGAAAUAGCCUAUGGGCUGCUUCUUAGCCAAGUAAAUUUCAUUUGGGCCAUUCGAGAAGGAAUUCUGAGUUCCGGUGAUACUAAUAUUAUGCCUAAUGGAUAUGAGGAUGAGGUUGAAGAUAAAGGGUUGAUAAUUCCUUGGUGUAAUCAAAUCAGGGUUCUCUCUAAUCCAGCCGUUGGAGGAUUCUUGACACAUAACGGGUGGAAUUCGACAAUAGAGAGCAUGUGGUGUGCUGUUCCGAUGAUUUGCUAUCCAUUUUCGUAUGAUCAACCUACCAAUAGGAAGCUAGUGGUCGAUGAUUGGAAGUGUGGGAUUAGUCUUUGUGAUGGAACAUCUGUUGACAGGAAGGAAGUUGCUGAGAAGAUAAAGAGCUUUAUGAGUGGAGCUGCUACAAAAAGCUUUAGGCAAGAGGCAGAUAAGGUGAAGACGAUUCUGCAUCACGCCUUGGAAGUUGAUGGAUCGUCUGAGAGGAAUUUCGAUCAAUUUAUCAAGGAUUUGAAGGACAAAAUUCAUUCUACAACUACAAGUAUUAAAUAAUAGUUGACUAGCUGCAAAGAUGCACUGUUGAUCAAUCAUCUUAUUGCCUCUGAUUAUUUGUAGUUGUAUUAUACAUAUGGCAUAAUUAUAUUUUUCGAUUUUAGUCUUUUA